CCCUUUUUAAGGCCCUGUCCCGGGCGUCCAGAGGAGCCUUUGUCCCGUGUGGGGUGUGGGGGGGCGAGCGGAGAGCGCAGGUGCCAGCCCCCGCAGGGGGAGCCAGGGCUCAGGCUGGAGGCUGGAUGCUCAGUGUAGCCGCUGUUUGUCGCCAGAAAACCUCCUCACACCCACACACGCGGCAGCGGCUUGGCCGGCAGGAGCGCUGCUCACACAGCACUUUUCCUCAGUGACACUCAUGGCCUUUGGGGGGUGGUUUUGUGCCAGUGUGGACACACCCUGAGCCUGCCGGGGACAGGGCCUAGUUCUGAUCCUGCUGCCGGGGCUCCCCCUCCCGCGCUGCCCCCGCUGCCUGACUCUGCCCGGAUUGGCUCGGGCUGGCAGCUGCGGGCGCAGAGCUGAGGAAACACAGACAAAGGGAGAAGUUGGCAGGGGGGUGUGGGCUGCGGAGGGACUGAAAGCACCUGGGGAUCCUGGGCCCCUCGUCCCGCUGCCCUGACGCCCACCAGAGCCCGGAUCCCCCUUCCCCUGCCAGGAUGCUGCUCCCUCUGCUCCUCCUCCCCUGGGCAUGGGGGGCCCUGGCCGCUUCCCCUCCUGUCCCCACAGUGUCUGUCACCCUCCAGCUGCUCCACAUCAACGUCUUCCACAACGCCAGCUCCAUGGACAUGUGGGGGAUGGCCCUGCUGGGCGACCUGGAGAGCCACUCCAUGGCCUGCAGCACCUGCGAGAUCCGCUUCCUGCAGCCCUGGGCCCGGCAGGGCCUGACCCCGAAGGAGUGGCAGGACCUGGAGCUGCUGAUCCAUCACACCCUGUCUGACUUCAGCUGGACUGUGACCAGAAUAGUCCAGCACCUGGGAAAGGGCUACCCCUUUGUUACCCAGGGCUCCCUCGGCUGUGAGCUGCACCCCAACGGCACCUCGAGGCGAUUCUAUGAUGGCGGAGUGAACGGCGAGGACUUCAUCAGCUUAGACGCGGACGCAGGCAAAUGGGUCGCUCGGCAGGGGGAUAAUGUGGCUGCGCGCUACACCCGGGACCUUCUCAACCAGGAUAAAGGCACAGUGAGCCGGCUUCGGUUUUUCCUCAGCAUGAUAUGCGUCAAGAUGAUCAAGAGCUUUGACCAGCAUGGGAAUGCGUCUCUGGCGAGGCAAGAGCGGCCGGUCGCCGUGGUGUUUGCCCGAGCGCCUCCCCCAGCCGGGCCCCCCGCACCGGUACUGCUGGUUUGCCGGGUCACCGGUUUCUACCCCCGGCCCAUCCGCGUGGCCUGGCUGCAGGACGGGGAGGAGGUGGUGCCGGGCGGGCGGCUGAACUCCAGCGGGAUCCUGCCCAACGCGGACCUGACCUACCAGCUGCGCAGCUCCCUGGGCGUGGAGCCGGGCGCCGGGCACAGCUACGCCUGCCGGGUGCAGCACAGCAGCCUGGGGGGCCAGAGCCUGCUGAUCCCCUGGGGGGCUACCAGGACGUUAGACCAGGGGAGUCCAGGCCCUGAGGGGGCGGCACCGGCCCAGGCGUGGGGAUCGGCCCCUCCCUGGGGACAUGGACCUGGAUCAAAGCGCUGUGGGAUCGGGGCCGGGGUGUGGGGGGGACUCUCCUCCCUCUGGGACGUUCACGGGGGGUUGGACACUUGGGGGCGCUGUGGGAUCGCUGGGAUCCAGGUCUCGUUACAAAGCUUCUAAUCUGCUGUGUGGGGCAUCACCUGGCGCGAGGGGUCAGGCCGAGGAAUGUGAACUAUGACCCUGGGCUCCGACUGGCGUGAUGCCAAGUGGGGCUGGUAAUGGGGGCUUGGAGUCUUGCUGGCUCCCAUUGCCAGGCCCAUUGGUGGCAAACGGCUCCGUUUACACCAGGCCUUGCUGGGUCCCCGGGUGCAGCCAGUGGGGCAGGAUGUGUCACCGGACAUGGGGCCAUGUCACCUGGUCCUGGAAUCCAGCUUGAACCUGGGGCGUUGCCACUUAGAAGGGGGGGUGGGGCCCGGAGACAAAGGGUUCCCGCCUUGGGCCGACGCUAUAAUGGGGGGCGCAGGACAAGGGGGCCAGGCCUGAGACCGCCCCUGCUUUCCCCUGGGAUCCCGGCUGGAGCCAGCCAGGGCUGCCCCGGGGCAGGGACGGGCCCAGGCUACGGAGGGGUCUGGCCUGUGAAAGAAGCUUCUUGGCCCCUCUGGGCGGGUGAGAUUUACCCGGGUUCACUUUCUGCCUGGGUCAGGCUCACACUUGCCUGUUUUGUUUUGUUUUAUUUGCUUGGUGACUCACGUUGUUCUGGCUGCUGUUACUUGGAGCCGCUGAAAUCCUCCUCUGUGUGCUUCAUAAAAUCACUUUUGUGUAUUAAUUAA